UGAGCUGGGAGCAAUUUAAAACGCUUUGGAUUCCCGGGGCCUGGAUGGGGAGUAAGAGCUGAGCGCCCCGGAUUCCCCACCCACCUCCGCCCCAUGAGCCUCCCACCAUCCCCAUGGAGUCGGGUGCUUAUGCCACCUUGGAUGCUGGCAAAGAUAUCGAAGGCUUAUUGGGAGCAGGCGGGUGUCGGAAUCUGGUCUCCCACUCGCCACUGGCGAGUCACCCUUCAGCAUCUGCGCUACUGCCCACCCCCAACUAUACCUCCAUAGAUCUUCCUGGCUCCGGGGACCCACCAAAGCAGUGUCAUCCGUGCCCUGGGAUGCCUCAGGGAGGCUCCGCAACAUCCGUUCCUUAUGGAUACUUUGGUGGAGGCUACUAUUCCUGUCGAGUGUCCCGGAGUUCGCUGAAACCGUGCACCCAGGCAGCUACUCUGGCUGCCUAUCCCACGGAGACCACUGCAGCAGGAGAGGAGUAUUCUAGCCGUCCUGCAGAGUUUGCCUUUUAUCCUGGAUACCCAGGACCCUAUCAGCCUGUGGCUAGUUACCUGGAUGUGUCGGUAGUGCAAACUCUUGGAGGCCCUGGGGAACCGCGACACGACACCCUGUUGCCAGUGGACAGUUACCAGCCCUGGGCCCUCGCCAGCGGUUGGAGUGGCCAGAUGUGUUGUCAAGGGGAACAGAACCAGCCCGGUCAUUUCUGGAAGGCUGCAUUUGCAGACGCUUCGGCCCAGCACCCGCAGGACGGAUGUUCCUACCGCCGGGGCCGCAAGAAGCGGAUUCCAUACAGCAAGGGUCAGCUACGGGAGUUGGAGCGGGAGUAUGCCGCCAACAAAUUCGUCACCAAGGACAAGAGGCGCAAGAUCUCAGCGGCUACCAGCCUUUCGGAGCGACAGAUCACCAUUUGGUUCCAGAACCGCCGGGUCAAGGAGAAGAAGGUCUUAGCUAAGAUCAAGACUAGCGCCACUCCUUGAUGGCGAUCUCCUAGCGAGAAGGGAAACCAUUUCUGGGGGAUCAGGACCCAGCUAGGGGCUGGGGCGGGUCUGGACCACUAGGGGGUCUUGAAGCCCUAACUAGGUCAUGGACUCUGCCAAAGAGGUUUCCCUUGGAAUCAGCCUUGCUUCCCAGAAGUGGAGGAACCUUUGAACGAAUAGGACAGCUGUGAUAUGUCACUAUAUAAGGAGAAAGAGAGAGAGAGAGAGAGAGAGAGAGAGAGAGAGAGAGAGAGAGAGAGGUUUUCUCCCCUAAUUGCCUAUAUAGUUACAAGGGGAAAGUAAGAAUAACAAUGACAGAGAUAAUAUUAGUUAAGGUUAUAAUCAUUCUCAUAUUCUUUGUUUAGAAGUUAUUUAGCGCUCUUUACAAACCACUUUCGAUGGAUCAAGUCUGAUUAAUAAAUAAAUUCCCGAAGACACCAAUCUUACUGGUGCCUUCCUUUUCAGACCCAAGUUCAGAUGGAAAACUAGGGUCUCUCUUCAGGUCUUGUCCAUAGUGAGGGAGCAGAGGGACUGGGGACUGGGUGUCCACAUUGCAAUGAUGUUUACACUGCCAGUUCUUAUUUUUUGAAGGAAAAGGCUAGCCUUCUAGGAACAGCAGUUGAUAGGAAAGGACACUACGUUCAAUAGGACAUCCUUUUCCAAGUUCAAAUUAUAUAACAAAGCACCUACAAGAGUCCUCAAUUUUGGGUUAUCCAAAUGUUUUCCUUCUGCUCUCUGAAAAACUGUAGUGAGACAGAAUUAGUUCUCUCUUCUGCCAUUUCUCUUUCCUGAACUCUGGUUGCAGAUGACAACAAAAUGGAGCUAGAGAAAGAAUCUGGAUAGUUCAAUUUUAGGAUUAGGGAUUAUAUAGAACCUGAACUAACAGGCUAAACAUAAUGGUGCAGACUACCUUUCUUCCAGUCAUAAAGAAGCUUCUACCCAAUUAGUUUUGGUGAAAGGGCAGCCACCAUCCUCCCCACCUUAGAGCUUCUUCCCACUCUAGAACAGGUCAGAAAAGAGGGUGGGAGAAAGACAAGAUAAAUAAUCGACCGAUUGAGUGCCCUCCCCCUUUCCAAACUGGAGAAGUUGCUGAAUCUGAGGCCUUUGGCCUGGAUAUUUAUUCAGAGGCAGGAUUUCCAUUUUUUUUUAAUAGAAAAAAAAAAGUGCACUGUAGCAGUAGUUAAAAGAACCCAAAUCUGACUUCAGUUCACCUUUGAAUUCAUCUUUUUUUGUCCUCUUCUUUCCUGGAGCUUUUCCUGUUUGACAUCCACAUUUAUGCCCCAUUCCCAGUCCUGGCUGACAUUUUGGUGACAAGGGCUAAGAUCCGAUGUUUAGAAAGCAAAGAUCCCACGGAGGGCACUUCCUCUCUGUGGCUCUCUUUUAAGGUGUCAUUGUUAUAAGCAUAUGUGAUAUAUACUUAUAGUAGAAGCCCUUGAUGAAACUAUAGUAUAAUGCAAGCUCUAUAGAACAGUACAUUAUAGCAGAGUGUGAUAGAUCUUAUUGGAAAUAAGGUGGAAUAUCUCAUGUAAUAUUAUCCGAUGAAAUAGACUUGAUUCCAUAACGCCAUCUUUUGAGUUUCAUUCCCUCUUUUUCGAAACGCAGAGGAGCCAAAUCCGUUAGGAUCACUUGGGGGUAACAGAAUCUAAGCCUGGGAAUGUAUUUAGUGCUCAGCGGUCUGAUAUGGGGAAUCCUAGCCCUGAAGUCGGAUACUGGGAAAGAACGAGAUGCAGAAUAGGGUUAAGAAUUAUUUCAACUCAUUAACAAGGAAAGCGAUUCUGAAGCUCGGGGAGAUAACUUGGAUUCCCAUGGGAACUCAGUUACUUUCCAUUUUCUUUUUUGGAUUUAGCUUUGAUUUCCUCUGCUUCUUAUUCCCAACAACAAACCAACCGGAUUGUGCUCAGCAUCUCCUUCCAGUGUUCUGGAAUGGGGACGGUGGGGGGCGGGGGGAGGAGAGGGUCUUAGAACUACAAGAUCAUGUUUUCAACUCGGAUUGCAUUCUGUAGGCAAGUUUCUGGAAGCUCGAUAAACUUAAGAAAUUAAGAAGGAAAUAGGUCGAAGAAGAAGGAUGGAGGAAAGGAAACCCCAGCUGGUGGAAGAGCUAGGGCCGGUCAGGCUGCUGCUUUGAAUAACUGGGAAAGUAUCCUAACAAACCUGUUCUAAAGUUUGAGGGUAAAGGACCCUGCGGGGCCCGGACUCCCACCUCCUAUCCUCAAAUCAGCGGGUUUUAAGUAAGUUCUGGCAUACGCUCUAAAAUUCUAUGGUUCUAUAAUUUAACUUUUCGCUUUUAAUUAUUAGUAAAGAGUCACAGGAGUUUGGAUGUAAGAAACCAAUUUUCUCUCGAGCGGAACUGGGUUAUGCAAAGAACAAGAUCUCCCCCUCCUGGCCAUACCUCACUAAUGCAGUCAUUGAAUCUCCUGCCACCUUGAUUUCCGCUUGCCUUUUGCUUUAAGGUUUGGGGAAGGAUCCCCAAAAGGUGGGCAGCGUUUAGAGUGCAGGGCGGAUAUCAAAAAUCAAUUCUACAGAAGCUUCCAAGACUGGAUGCACAAUCAUGGUAGGCAAAUAAAUUAAUGUAGCCGGAGAUUGGGCAAAUAGAAGACAGUAAGAAUGGGGGUUGGAAAGGAGAGAUCUAAAAUGGAGAAAGAAGGAUAGGAAGCUAUAGCCCCACCUAAAGAGAUCUCGGGAGCUUCCUCCUUUUCUCAGUUUGUCUUUGUUCUAUACAUAAAUCAAUAUUCUGUGUAUUAAAAAUUCCCUAUGUGACAUGUUCAUAUGUAUAAAUAAGUGAUUCAUACACGUGACCGAAACAAGCGCAUCCCCUUUCAAAAUUAAUUUUAUUUUAUACAGAUACAACCCUCUUUUAAAUGCAAUUUCUUCCUCUGUGUAGGUGUGUAUGCUUCUAGACUCAUAAAAACUGUCACACUUUGGUUAAUUCCCUCAGUCACACGAAUUUACAAAUAGAUCAAAUGUACGUGUGUAACCGGUCGUACCUUUGAAUACACCAAGGAAAUUUUCUCCAAAUCUUCAAAAGGGUUUACUGCAGAAAUUAGAACUGAAAGAUUGCCACCGUUAUUCCGUGGAGCUGGAAGAAACGAUUUUUUUCUGCCCCAAACGACAACAGCUGCACGUGACCUUAUGAAUAAACUUGAAGACAAAGAACAUGUUUAAAUAUUAACGAAAAUGCCCGCAGAGUGCUGACUCUUUUAUCUGUGCAAUUUUUAAACACUGAAAAAUUGAAAAUGAUGGGGAAGGCAAGGGAGAGGAAGGUUUUUGGAAAGUUCAAUUCAGAUACAAACGUACAAAGUAUAAACAGCCCAAUUUAAGAAUAGUUCGAAUGAUUCGUAGGAAAUAACUAUUAAGAAUAAAGCCAUUGCUGGCCCAUCGCAAUCCCAUUGAGUUCAUCAUCUCACUUCCGGAGGCUGGUUGAAGGAUAGUGAUUGGUAAAUAAAUGAGGAGAAUAGAGCCGGGGCAUGGUUGUUUGCUACACCCGGUUUCCAGGACCCAGGUCUUUACUAUCACCGAAGCAGGCGAGAUGGACAGGGCGUGAAUGAGGUAUGAGCAAAUAUUGAUACGGCUUCCAAGGGCAAAGUGGGAAUCCAGAUGCCUCCAGCUGUGCAGGGAGGCACAGCACAAUACUCUUUACCAACCGCCUCUCCGUUGUUCCCUAGCUCUUGGUAAAGCAUGAAUUUCUAGCAGUGGGAAGCGGCAGGCCUACCCCGGGUCCGCGCGGCAGAUAUCUAUACAUUUCUAUUUUACCGGUGAAUUGUUUUUAAUUUUGACGCAGAUCAUUCUUCCCAAAUAUUUCUCAAUUUCUCAUUUUUUAAUUCUUUCCUUUGUUGUGUCUUUCCUCCCCUAAAGCACCGUCCCUAUAACAUAGCGAAUUAGAUUCUGCCUCCAUUACCCCUUCGUCUGUUCCCAUUUUCCCUCUUUUAUUAAAGUUUUAAAGUCUCAAGUGCCAGCAUUUAAAUGUCAUCCAGCAGCUUUUUUAAAUGUAAAGUUACCUCCUCUCUCUAAAUCAUCGGGGCGAAUUCAAUAAAAGAAUUCAUUACCGUAAUCUGUGAAAUAAAGCAAAGUCCAUGA